AGAAGUGGAAGCUGAUGCGUUGUUUCGCUGCCCCGCCAAAAGCAAGACAGUCCGCCCACUGAAAGGGAACCCAAACAAAGUGCUACAGUGGGUGAGCCGUCAGUCUGGCUUUUGAGGCUGUUCGUUACAUGCCGGCGCCGCAUUGGAUCGCAACCACAAUGUACACCCAUGGACACACAGGAGACUGAAGCAUCUUGAACAACAUCACUGAGCACCAGACUGGAGACAAAACACCAAGUCUUUGAUACCAGUACCCGUCACAUUGCCCUCAGCUCACUUCCAUUCUAUCUCGCCACAAACCGUUCAACUUACCACCUAGAGCUCCAUUCGCCUCGACUAGACGGGACUCGAAUCCUAAUCCUUCUCAAGUGCGCAGAGGCAGAGGCAGAGACCAACCAAAAAAAAAGCCACCAACGCAGAGCGCAGGGCAGCUAGAGGUAGAGACAGCGACAACUAAGUCCAGGGACAAGGGGUCCACUUUUAGGCGAACUCCUCACCGUUUGGAUUUGGAUCUGGAUCUGGAUCCGGGAUCAAAGCGAGGAGAGAAAGAAGAAAGAGAGCCCGACAGCUGGCACAUGCAACCAGGACAACAACAACAACAACAACAACAUCACAACAAUAACAACAACAACUACACGGUAACCCGGCCUCCAUAACACCACCGCCUACCUCACCAGACUCAUUACUCUCGUUGCUACAUACCAUCGUGAGCAUCCAAAGGAGCAGCUCUCCCGCCCGCCCAAGUCCCGCGCUCAAACACUUAGUAGUAGAGGUAGCUUGGAGUGCUCGUGGCCAGCUCUCUGCUUCCCCCCAUCCCGCUACCUGACCGAAAGGACCGGGCCUCCACCGAGAUGGAGUAUAAAGUCCUGAGCUGCCAAACAAUCCCGUCACACUAAGGCAUCGCGAUCAAGAUCUCCCCCGUAAACAAGUCAACAAACGUGCACGAUAACUGUACCUACCCUUCGGGCGACGCGGCAGGUGGCCACGAUACGGACACGGACACGGUCAAGUCCUGGCAAACGAACGGACCGACACCGAUCCCGACUCCGCGACAAACCAAAACACCACAUUUCCUCCCAAGAUACGCCCCUUUAGCUGACCCGCCUCCUUUGGCUGGCAACCAUGUCCCAAAUAUUGACCUCUCGGCAGGCCGAUGAACUACACAGAGCCCUCAUCGCAUACCUCACUGCCGCCAACCUGCCCAACACCGCCGCCGCCCUUCGAGAAGAGCUGAACCUAAGCGAAGAGGUUUUUGAUCCAGCUACGGCAAAGAAGUAUGAAGGCCUACUAGAAAAGAAAUGGACUAGUGUAGUCCGACUGCAGAAAAAGAUUAUGGAUCUCGAGUCGCGAAAUCAUAUCCUACAGUCAGAGCUCGACAAUGCGACGCCUACAUCGCGACAGAACAAAGACCCUGUCGCCUGGCUACCCCGAGCACCUCCUCGACACACGCUUCAAUCACACCGAGACCCCAUAACCUGUGUAGCAUUCCACCCUGUUUUCUCGUCUCUAGCUUCCGGAUCAGAGGAUCAGACCAUCAAGAUCUGGGAUUGGGAGCUAGGCGAGCUAGAGAGGACGAUCAAGGGCCACACAAAAGCUGUCCUCGACGUCGACUAUGGCGGCCCCCGCGGGAACACGUUGCUCGCUUCGUGCAGCUCAGAUCUAACUAUCAAGCUAUGGGACCCCCUAGACUCGUAUAAAAACAUUCGGACUCUACCCGGCCACGAUCACAGCGUCAGCGCCGUGCGGUUCAUCCCUGGUUCUGGUAACCUCCUGGUUAGCGCAAGUCGCGACAAGACACUAAGGAUAUGGGACGUGAGCACAGGGUACUGCGUCAAGACAUUGCGCGGCCAUGCCGAGUGGGUGCGCGACGUAUGCCCAUCUCUUGACGGGAAAUAUAUACUCUCCACCAGCGACGAUUACACAAGCAGGCUAUGGGAUGUGACGAUAACAAACCCCGAGCCCAAGGUGACCUUGAUCGGCCACGAGCAUGUCGUGCUAUGUUGUGCCAUUGCACCUCCGGCCGCAUAUCAGAAUCUUGCCGCCAUGGCCGGUAUCAAGAAGCCCCCUGCGACAAGCUCUGCCGAGUUUAUGGCCACGGGCUCUCGAGACAAGUCGAUCCGGUUAUGGGAUGCGCGCGGGACAUGCAUCAAAACCUUGGUCGGUCACGAUAACUGGGUGCGAGGGUUGGUGUUCCAUCCUGGAGGGAAAUACCUCUUAUCUGUAUCCGACGACAAGACCCUUCGGUGCUGGGAUCUGACACAAGAAGGAAAAUGCGUCAAGACGAUCGGGGAUGCGCAUGGCCACUUCGUCCAGUGUAUCAAAUGGGCCCCGUCGGUUAUCAAGGAUGCGUCGGUGAACGGUGACAAUGGGGAACCAAACGGGACGCCAAAGAAGGGUGGAGCGGCUGCCACCCCCGAGGCUCAGAUCCGUUGCGUAAUUGCGACAGGAAGCGUUGAUUUGAACGUCAGAAUCUUUGCCAACUGAUGCAUACGCAUGGCAUAAGAGCGGCUAGAGCAGGAUGUCUCAGGCAGCGAGAGCCCAUGCACCGGAAGCAAAGACACAGGUUGCUGCUUAGCGGGCCCUUGCUAAUAAUAUCCACCACUACCCGAGAGCUAUAUUCUUGGACGGCUGGCCGUGAUGCUAGCUCCUACAGAACUUGCCCCAAAGAACAUCAUUGCUGUUUUUCGUGAAUGGGGCUUGUUACUCGCACGCAUCACAGUCCUUGGAUGAGACCUGAAGAAGCAAACCCAAAAGAGAAAAAGAAGAAAAGAAAGGGGAAAAAAAAACACAAAAAAGACCAAAAAGAAAAAGGAAAAAGAGACUUCUCGGCGGGCACCUCACGGGAGAAAGGGGUCUCGUCACGACUAAUACCCACCCAUUUGAGCAAAAAGCAGGGAGGUUGGGUGACAGACGGACACUCCUUCUUGCAUCAUCUUCUCGUGAGACCCAUCAAAUGAUAAUGUUGCGCCUGAUGGAUGAUGACUGAUGAGAGAUCUUUUUUAGACAGAUGAAAGAGAAACAGUAGAGAGGAACGGCACGGGAAACUGGAGAGGAUUUGUAGAUAUGAACCGAAUUCAAUAGAUACCCCAAUUUUUGGACGACUUAUACUCGAGUGCCGGUUCUCGUCCGUUAUCAUGAGAAAGCAGCUUUUUUGGCUUGCAGC